CCCGAUUAAAGGCACAUUUUGAACAGGCAGGAGAUAAGUUAUCUACGUGAGAGUAGGAACUUUAUCGUAUCUUAUCUAUCAGUUAGAAAAAAAACUAAUUUUUAAUUAUCACAGGUGCUAAGAACACAACGCUCUGUAGUGUACUGUUAGCAUCAGCAUCAACAUCUUUCGGCGUACACUGCUAAGGAUUCAUAUAUAGGAAGUCAGAAUGGCAGCAGAAUUAUUGCCUGAUUUCCUGCCCAGCCCUCUAGAUAAAUACCGUAGAGCAUCUACUUUUAACUGGAAGUCUAUGAGGCUACUCCUAGAAGAUCCUGAAAUGUUGGAAUACAAGAUGAAAAUAUGGAAAUUCUUUGAAGAGGAUCCAGAAUUUCAACAUCCGAAUAAGAAACUAAGUUUAGACGAGGAGCGACAUUUGGCUAUAAGGAGAAUGUAUCGAUUAAAGAAACUUCAAAACUUAACAGUGGAGGAGAUGAUAGAAAAUCCGCGUAAGCCUGGUGCAUAUGUGGCUGCAAUAUUUCAUUAUGAUCCAUCACUUGCUGUUAAGGCCAACAUAAACUUUGGAUUUUACAUAAAUACUAUUCGAGGCAUGGGUACUGCAAGACACUAUGACUUUAUUGAAGAAGUUGAACAAGGGAAGGCUGGAGGUUGUUUUGCUCUCACUGAAAUUUCACAUGGCACAAAUGCAAAAGGAAUGAGACUGACAGCUACAUAUGAUCCACGAACUAAAGAAUUUGAGCUUCAUUCACCGGACUUUGAAGCAGCCAAAUGUUGGGUGGGAGGCCUAGGGAAAAGUGCCACACAUGCCGUUAUAUAUGCAAGACUCAUUACACCGGAUAAAACAGACCACGGGCUACACGCAUUUGUUGUUCCCUUAAGAAAUCCAGCAACUCUUCAGCCUUUUCCUGGUGUUAUUGUUGGUGACAUGGGAGAAAAGGUUGGACUGAAUGGAAUUGACAACGGUUUUGUGUUAUUCAAUAGAUACAGAAUACCUCGUGAGAACCUUCUAAAUAAGACCGGAGAUGUGACUCCGGAAGGAAAUUAUGUCAGCCAAUUUAAGGACCCUAACAAGAGACUAGGAGCUUCCCUCGGAACAUUAUCUGCUGGUCGAGUAAGCGUGUUGUCAAUCGCCGUGUCGUACCUUGAGAGAGCAAUCCCUGUUGCCAUUCGAUAUGCUGCAGUGCACACCUCACAGGCUGGCAGCUCACUCACUUUGUUAGAGGGUCACUAUCAGCAGUGGCAGUUGAUUCCAUACUUGGCUGCUACCUUUGCACUGAAAAUUCUCUCUAACUUCUUUUCCGAUUUGAUGGCUGACUUCCAAGUAAAAACAUUCCUAGGAACAAAUAAGGAAGAACUGGCAAAAAUGGGUCCAGAAAUUCAUGCUCUUUCUUCUGCUGCCAAACCUUUAGCAGGCUGGAUGGUGGGAGAUGCCAUUAAACAGUGUAUAGAUAUUUGUGGAAAAUAUGGCUACCUGAAAGCAUCUGGACUUGGAGAUAUUCGCAACUUCACUGAUGCAAACUGUACAUAUGAGGGGGAAAAUAAUGUACUUUUGCAACAAGCAAGUAACUGGCUAGUUCAGCUGUGGAAAAAUCGCAGGGGAAGUGUACAUGAUUUUGACAUGCCUCUCAAUUCUGUUUCAUUCUUAUCUGAUGCAGCAGACAUUCUUCAGAGCAGAUUUAUGGCUGUAUCUGUGGAAGAAGCAGUAAAUCCAAAAACCUUGCUCUCUGCGUACGAAUGGCUAAUAUGUUGGUUGCUAGUAACAACAGAGGAAAAGCUGGAUGCAUUGCUAAAGAGUGGAGCUGAUCCUUUCACUGCAAAGAACAAUGCACAAGUAUUUCAUGCUAGAACUCUUUCACUGGCAUAUGCAGAGCAUUUUAUGCUUUCAAACUUUUGGAAAUACGCUUCUUCAAAAGACAUAGACGCACCAGUUAAGGAGGUAUUGAUGAAACUCUGUUCCUUGUUUGGAUCUUGGAGCCUAGAGAGACAUUUAGCAUCACUUUAUAAAGGAGGAUAUGUGAAUGGCCCUCAGGCAUCUGAGAUGUUAAGGGAGGGAAUUAUGCACCUGUGUACUCAGCUGAAGAAUGAAGCUGUCUCACUUGCUGAUGCCAUAGCUCCACCAGAUUUCAUAUUGAAUUCUUUACUUGGAAACUCAGAUGGAAAAAUUUAUCAAAAUCUGCAUACUCAUCUCUUCCAGAAACAGCAGACAUUUGAGAGGCCAUCUUGGUGCAAUGAAGUGUCAUUUGGACAAAGCAAAAUGUAGUGGGACUAACUGUCACAUAUAUACACACAUUUUCACUAUAAUGUUUACUGUGCAUCCUGUUUCCAUGUUGGCAUUUUAUGAAGUGAAAUACUUAUGUACACAUUUUGGAAGGAAAUUGUACAUCUUGCACAGCAUAUUUGUAUAAUAACUGUGAAAUAAUUGUUUAUUUUUGUACUGUAGUGUGAA